AUGCCUGGCGACAUCUUCGACGCCAACUAUCUCACGAGCGCGCUGCCAUUCUACGCGCCGCUCUCCACGCCAGCACCCGCGCUCCCGAGCCUGAACAGCCUCACUCCGCUGCAAGGCCGCAUCUCAGCGAUCAACGCAGCGACUCUACUCUCGCCUCUCCCCGGCACACUGAUCCUUGGCCUCCAUUACAGCGCGGACGUCAAGGGCGUGCGGGACUCGCAGCCUGGCGGCGAUGACACCCCGGAUGUGAUCCAGGUGUUCUGCCACUCACCCGAGUCGUGGGCCGCGCUGUGGGAUGGCGAGGUGUUCACAAAGGGCACGGUAAAGGUCGAGGCGGAGCUCCGAGACGUCCCUAUCUAUGCGACGGCGCCACCGCAGGGAAAGCUGUGGCUGAUGGUCUGGUCGGUGACGAGGCUGUAA